GAGGCGCUGAGCCUCGGUAAGCAUCUCCCCGCGUGAUUGGCCGACGCUGCCGUAGAGCCCGCCUCCACCAUGCGGAUCCGGCUGGGUAAGGGGCCGUGAGACCCAGAGGCCGGGUGCGCCCGGGAACAUGGCGGCGGAGGGCCUCGCUGAGAUUCCUGAUGUGGAUAUAGAUCCCGAGGGCGUCUUCAAGUACGUGCUGAUUCGAGUCCACUCGAGGCCGCCCUCCGGGGCUCCGGGCGAGGACAGCAAGGAAAUCGUGCGCGGCUACAAGUGGGCCGAGUACCACGCCGAUAUUUAUGACAAAGUAUGUGGCGAGCUGCAGAAGGAGGGUUAUGACUGCGAGUGUCUGGGCGGAGGCCGCAUCUCCCACCAGAGCCAGGACAAGAAGAUCCACGUGUAUGGCUACUCCAUGGGCUAUGGUCGUGCCCAGCACUCUGUCUCUACGGAGAAGAUCAAAUCCAAGUAUCCUGACUACGAGGUCACAUGGGCGGAUGAUGGCUACUGAUGCCCUGUCAGCAGCCAGGUCGGGACUCUGCUCUUUCUGAGGCCCCGCCCGAGGGGCCAGCCCCACCCCUCCCUUCACCCGCUGGUGACAGGCCACCUUGCCACACCUCAGACCAGCCUGGCCCACAGGAAUUAAAAGCGUUGAUGUGCCAGUC